CAGUAUAGAUAAAAAGGUCGCGCUCUGCACAAGUAUCGUUCAAUAUUUAUCUAUCUAGCACCAGUUAUUAAACCAAGUAUCUGACGAUCGUUGUUUACAUUCGCAGCCUAUAUUUGGACCAGCGCGUUCAUAUUUCAUUCACCAAGCUUACUUACCUCUCGUCUUCCUGCAAAGAUGCACACAAACGCGUUGAUUUUUUUUGCUUCAACAAUUUUGCUCAGUGCGGUUCACAAUGCAAAGUGUUCGAGGAGUGAAAACCAGUGUGUGGAUUAUUAUCAGACGGGGAAUGAUUUUGAUUUGAAGACGUUGGCGGGUGUUAGGUGGUACGUGGUGUACCUAUGGCCGCCGAGUGCGCGGACGCGGGCGGCGUGUGAGGCGAUCAACUUCAAUGUGCUGUCGCGACAGGAGACAGAGGCAACAUUCAGCGACUGCAGGGGCGAACGCCCCGACGGCGCGGUCAUACACGCCACCUACCACAAUACCGCGGGCAAGCUCACCAGCGUCACUUACUACGGAGAAGAAGAAGUGAAAAGUCUCUUCCGCGGAUGCGAUCGCAUCUACAAAUACAUAUUCCUACAGAUCAACGAAAAUUACGUGCUAGGCAUCAACUGCUCGUCGAUGGGCCGAGGGAUUCUGCUGGCGAAGUUCUUGCCUACGCGAGAACAAGUGGACGCCACAGUUAGAGAUAUAGAAAUAAUGAAAGGACGCGACGGUAGUCCCGAUUGCAAUUUGCCGUAACGUUAAUUUAUUUAUAAAAUCUUAAUUAUAUAAGUAUGAGUAUGACGACA